AUGAGCGAGACAGCCUCUAACGAAUUCCGGAUUUCGAUUGAUGAAAAAAUUUCAAGUGAUGAAAAAAUUCCAUGCUUCGAUAUUAAAAAUCAACAUAGGGGAAAGAAAAUAGACAAAGUUGUUUUCUCGCCAAAGAAUAAAUAUUUUGCAACUGCGAGUUUUCAUGAUCGUUCAGUUUGUAUGUGGGAGUUUAAGCAAGAAACAGGAGAGCUCAAAUUAAGCCCAUAUCAUUUCUUUAACCUUAAAGAAACGGUUUUAUGUAAUCCAAUUUGCGUCUCAGAUUUUAACAAAAUUCUUAUUGGAAACACUUAUAAUGACUAUUACAUCCUUGAAAUUAGAGAUUGUAAUAAUCAAGAAGGAGGAAUAGGAGAAAAAUUAUUAGAUAGUAGAGAACACGAUGGCGAUGUAGUAAAUUGUGGGUUUCUUACAAAUGGAGAUUUUGCAAUUGUUGAAGGGAAUCCUACUUAUCAGGCCCACAUCUUUUCUUUUAUUGGAGGGAAGUGGCACAGCACGAGUAAAAUUAGACUCGUUGAAUUUAAACAUGCCGCUGUUUCUCAUGAUAGAGUGUUGAUUCUCAUGGAUUUGCCUUUUGUAAUCAUUCAAUGGAAUCUGUUAACACGAAAAUUUGAGAAACAAUACGAAUUGGAUUGGAGUUUGGCCAAGUAUCAAAAAGAUAUUUUAAUGGAACUAAGCUGUGACCAAAAAAUACUUGCAGUAGCUGGACGUUUAAAUGGAGAGCAGGAAGAAGAUUCGAAUACAAAUCAUGAAGAAGAUUUGAAUACGAAGCAUGAAGAAGAUUUGAAUACAAAGCUGGAAGAAAAUUCAAGAGUCUAUUUUUAUUCAACGGAAUCUGGUACAAUUAUAGGAAAUCAAUCGUUUAAUGAAAAGUUUUCCGAAAAAAAAAAGACAUCAAUUAGCAAGAUACUUUUUAUUAAAUUCGAAAAAGAGGAAUUUCUCUUUAUCUAUUUUGGACAGGAGAAAACAUCUUAUGCAAUUACUCCUCCUACAUCAUCAUCUUCUUCGCUCAAGCUCCAUUCCUUGCCGAAUUCUCCGUCAGAAUCAAAAAAUUCAGGAAAAUUACAUUUACCGGGUGAAAUUGAUUUUAUUCUACAAUAUCAAUUAAACAAUGAACACAAUGAGCUUGAAGACGAUUUACAUUCUUUUAAAGAAGAGAAUCAGAAAGAGGACUCUCGUGAUGAAAAUGGAGUCUAUUCACCACGAAAAGAUAUAAAAAACAAUAUAGAUAAAUUUUUAAAAAUUUAUAAAUCAAAAAACGAGUCAGCCAAACAAUCGUCAACCCAUCGAUCGUUAACCCAGGAUUCGGAAAAACAGGUGACGCUAAGGGGUAACCAAUAUAUCUGGACUGUUAAAGAAACAUCUCAUAACAAUAUGUUAGCAGCUAAAAUAAUUGCUAAAUGGACUGCGAAUGAAAUAUCCGUCGAAGAACUUGCAAAAUAUCUUAAGAAGCUAGAUGUGCGAAAUAGAGUAGAUGUGGAAAAUAACGAAAUAUCAUCGCCACGGUUGUCUAGUACUAUUAUAGAAAUUUUUAAUAGAGAACGGUCUAAAUUAAGAACUAUAUGA